AUGGCUAAUCCAAAUCCACCUGGCUCUGGACAACAUUUCGCCGCGCAACCCGGACAGUAUCCACCGCAGCAAUAUGGAGCUCCUGCUCCCCAGGCCUUCCCUUCACAGGGACAUCCACCCCAAGGUGGGCAUCCUUCCCCCCAGCAGGGACAGUACCCUCAGUACGGAAACUACCCUCCCCAGAGUCCAUAUCCGCCACAACAGGGCCAACCAUAUCCUCCACCUGCACAGUACCCUCCUCCCGGUCAGUAUCCUCCACCGGGUCAAUACCCACCCCAACAUGGCCAGUUUCCGCCUCAACCCUAUCCCCAACAAUAUCAACAGCCACAGGGGCAAUACCACCCUCCACAGCAGCAAUAUGGAUACCCCCAGCAAGCUCCACCAGCAGGGUAUAACCCACAGCAUCCAGGUGCUCCAGGGUACGGCGCACCUCCUGCCGGCCUGAAUCCUCCGAUGCAACCAGCUCUCGCUCUAGGAAACAUGGUCGGAGGUCCAUCGAUAGGCUACAUUCCAGGCCAGAUGUCGGCAGGUGAUCUAUCAGUAGAUGCUGAUGCCCUCCGCGCGGCCAUGAAAGGAUUCGGCACAAAUCAGAAGGUUCUCAUUAGCAUUCUCUGCAAAGCAGACCCACUCGCUAUUGAAAGGCUAAAGGAUACAUUCUCGAAACGCCUUGGACGUGAUCUGAAAAAAGACAUCAUCUCCGAGACGUCCGGCAACUUCGAAAAUGUCCUUGUCGCACUGGUUCACGGCCCGCUUAAGCAGGAUGUCUAUGCCAUCAGGAAAGCCCUCAAGGGAGCAGGUACCGAUGAAGCGAUACUUGAUGACGUCCUGCUCGGCCGAUCCAACGCUGAUCUUCUAGCGAUCAAACAAGCCUACUCAGCCGAGUUCAAAGGUCGCUCUCUCGAGGCGGACGUCAGAGACGACCUCUCUGGCGAUGUGAGGGCGCUUUACAAUAUUGUCCUGACUGCGUCGCGGCCUGAAGAGAAUGUGCCAAUCACUGCUGAUGCAAUAAACCAGACCGUCAAAGACCUCCAUCAUGCGAUGGGCACACUUAUGCCCAACGCAGCCGUCGUCAGCAGAAUAUUCGCACGCCACUCACAUCACCAGCUACGCCAGAUAAAACAGCAGUACGACCUGCAAUUCAAGUCCGUGCUCGAAAGAACUGUUGAGAGUAAAUUCUCCGGACACAUCAAGGCAGCACUUGUCGCGAUACUGCAAAGUGCAGUGGACCCGAUCAAACGGGAUGUUGAGGGACUUGAGAACGCAAUGAAAGGCUGGGGGACCAAGGAUACGCAUCUCGUCGAGCGGCUCGUUCGGAUUCACUGGGACAGAAACCGUAUGCAGCAGGUCAAAGCUAUGUAUAGAGGUAUCUACCACAAGGAACUCGCGGAUAGGGUUAAGGGGGAGACCAGCGGCGAUUAUAAGGCGGCGUUGGUGGCGAUUUUGGAAUGA